AUGUUUGCGAAGCUGUUCGGCGGGAAAGCCGCUGAAGCUGCUGGCGAUGGCGCCAGUCCGAAAGAAAAGAAAGGUGACCAGAGCAAUGAUCCGGAGACUUCGCCGCAGAAGAAGGACGAGGCCGUCGCGAGCCACAUUUCGAAAAUGGACUCUCUCAUCAGGCGCAAGCUGCACGGCACUGGCGCUCAGUACAACAUGAAGGUGGUCAUCAGGGGGGAGCGCGGGGUGGGAAAGUCCACGCUGUGGCGCCGGCUGCAGGGGCUUCCCUACGAGGAAAAGUACACCCCGACGCCGGAGAUUCAGACAACGACGAUCAACAACUGGGUGUACCGAGGAAGCCGAGACGUGGUGAAAGUAGAAGUGUGGGAUGUAGUAGACAAGGGACUAGCGCAAGGCGGGAAAGGCAGAGUUCCGGAAGGUGAAGAUCUUGAGGACGUCGUGGCAGGGUUGCCUCCGGACCAUGGUUCAGGUGGAGGCGGGCGGUCCUUGGCGGUGCUGGACGCGGGGGUUGUGAACGUCUACCAGGGAGCGAGCGCCAUUAUAUUCGUGGUCGACCCUUACCGACCCGAGACGCUGGACAAGGUAGAGAAAGGUCUAGCGGAAGCGCCGGUGGACCUCCCGACCGUCGUCCUCCUCAACUUCCGCGACAAGCUGGAAGAAGACGCGGUGGCAAAGGCGUCUCAGAAAUCCGGCACUUCGACAACCCCCGCAUCUGCCGCCGCCGCCGCCACCGCCGCCAUGGCAUCCACGCAAUCACCAGCUGCAUCGGCCGCCGAAGCAGCGGCAGAUCCAUCGCCCGGCGACGGCGACGCCUCCACCGCCGUCGGCCCAUCUUCGGGGACGGAGUCGGUGGCAACGGCGGCGGCGGUGGGCGCAUCGGAAGGGUUUGAUAGUGCUAGUAGCGCUGUUGACGGGGGUGGGGGUAAAGGAGGAGCGUGGGACCACGUGGUGACGCUGGAGACCGCGCGGCUCAUGAUGGACCGCGUCAAGGAGGCCGACGAGGCGGCGGGGCGGGGGGCGGGGAGACGGGUCAGUCUGUUCGACUGCUCGAUGAAGAACUGCUUCGGACUGAGGGUGCUGUACACGUACUUGAACGUGCCCUUCCUGGAGCUGAAGCGAAAGUCUCUGCUGCAGCAGGCGCAGAUGGCGUCGGAGCGACUGGAGAAGGAGUACCAAGAGCUCGCCGGGUUCAUUGGGGGGCACAGCUACGGCAACUACAUGCAGCACCUGCGGGCAUCCGACGUCGACCCUACCGCAGGCCGAUCGGCACCCGCCGCUCCUCCGGGGCGACCUUCGAUUGCCUCCAUGCCGGCGGCGGGCGAAGCCGCGUCGCUGGAGCGGCGUGGGUCUAUCGACAGCCACGGCGGCGGCGGCAGGAAAGAGAAGAAGUCGAAGCACCACAAAGACAAGGACAAGUCGAAGAAGAAGGACAAGCACCGCCACAAGAGCAGCAAGAGCAAGAAGGACGGCCGGGAGGAGGCGGCUCCGGAGUACGGGGGUAGGGUCACGGAUGCCAAGAACUUCGCGCCCGUGACGAAAAAGACUGCGACGGAUGAGCUUGCUGAUUUCUUCGGCGAGAGCAGCGAAGGGGACAGCGACGAGGGCUUGCGGGAGCGACGCAAGGUUGUUAAGGCCAUCAACCCUUCUGCGCUGGCCAACGCCUCCGCGGCAAGAGCAGACGAUGCUACGGAUUCGGACGAGAUGCCUGCUCCGAGAACAUCGAGACUGAAGCGAGUCACGGCGCCGACCAAGCCGAUCGCGAGGCCCCCUUCGACCGCCCAGCCUCUGCAAUCUUCGAUCGGCGUUGCCGCCUCCUCCAGACAUCAGCGGCCAUCUCUUAAUGACACCAAAGCGUCUAGCGUUGCCAAGGUGACCGGUGACGUCAAGGGGAAGGAGGACGUAGAGGAGGAGCCGUCCGCCGUGAGGGACACGGAGAAUGACGCAGCAGAGGAGAUGGAGGAAAGCGAGUUGGCGCGAACUGCACACGAGGAGGAGAAGGGGGAUGGGGCUGAGGGGGAACAGGGCGUUGCGGCGCACGGCGAGGGCACGAAGCCCGUAGCAGCCGGAAACGAAAGCGGGGACGAUGCGGACGGUGUUAGUGAGGGCAAGGUUUUAUCUGAGGCAGACACAGCAGCAGCAGCGGUGGCGGCGGUGGUGGCAGAUCCUUCGAUAACCGCAGGCGACGGAACGGCGGAAGGCGGAGGGGGCGAAACGGGAGGAAACCAGGGUGUGCAGGCAGAGGAGGAGCAUUCCCAAGCGGCGGGUGAAGGACAUGGUUCUGCGGACGGACAAGACCAUGACGAGGGUCGGAAGGAGUUAAGUAGGGGGCGGGAGCAAGCAGCGGGGGCGGUGAGAAAGGAAGAAUUGGAGGCGGAAGCGGAGACAGCUGCAGAGCAGAAGGACGCUACACCAGCAAAGGUAUCCAGUUCUCCUGCGGCGAAGGUCUCACCGGUUGCGGGAAAAGACCCACCGCCGGCACACCUUUCAAGAGAUACUUCUGAUACAGAAGCGAAAGAAAAUCCCCAGGAAGCAGACGAACACGGAACAGCUGGGGACGACACUGUUGUCACGGUUGAUCAGGCGACCGACGCUGGCGACGACGGCGACAACUACACCGGGGUUCCUCCGCAGGCCGAUGCUGCGUCGGAGGAGGUCGGGCCUUCUGCGGAGGUGGAUGACGACAUCGUGUCAUACUCUGCUGAUACCGCCGUCGAUCAAGAGGCUGUUACAGUUCAGCGGAACGCGGGGGACGAGCACCUAGCUAACGGCGACAGUGGACCAGAGCAGGAAGUGGCGGCCGUGCCUGAAAUCGAACGGGCGGAGGUGGACGAUGCCGUGGUCGACGAGCACGACGAGACCGGAGCGCGAGGACAAGAGUUGAGUGGUGGCGAGAGCGGCGGGGAACUUGGCGCUGACGUCGGAAGGGAAGCAGCAGUGGUCAGGAAAAUGGAAGGCAGCGGUAUAGAUGACGAACCGGGUGCUAAAGCCCCCGAGCCCGCAGUAACCAUCAAUGACGACUAUAUCGGAGAAGGAAGUCUGGGCGGCCCGGUGGCCGAGGAUUUUUUCGCCGAAGACGUUAGCAGCGGAGAGGACGACCUCUAUCCGGGAACUGCAACGGCUGCUGGGGGCGAAGUCGUUUCUGCUGAACGAGGUGUUGCGGACGGCGAUGAUGGCGCUCCUGCCGGUGAUCACCCGCCUUCCCCGCGAAUAAUUGCGACAAGCUUUGAGGCUGCCCCGGGGGGGAACGAGAAACGCCUCGGGUUUCCGCCGUCCCCCGUCGCGACACAGAGGAAGGAAGCUGCGGCGGUAGGGGCAGCCGCAGCUAGCGGGGACGUUGGGCUUAGCGAAGCAGCGAAGGCGGCGGUUGAGGCGGCUUUGGCCAGCGCCCAGUCGUCGUCGGCAAGGCGGUCGAGCCGGUCUUCGCGGAAGACGGACGACAGCAGUUCGAAAUCGCGCAAGAAGAAGAAGAGUCAUAAGGAGCGGCGACGAAAAGACGGCGGCAGCAAGAGCGGGGGCGAGGAUGGUGCUCGCAUAGUCGGUGGUAGACGUAGCGGCAGUGUCGGUCCCUCGGAUGUCGAUAGCGGAGAGAAGCUAUCAUCGUCCAAGCGUCAUCACCGCAAAUCCGCUGUUUGA